AUGUCGAAAGCACCUACUGCCGCCCCUGCCGCUGGUGGAGGUAGUGCAGUCGGCCCGAGUCGCCGAACAUGGGACAAGGUCGAGUUCUCACGCAAAGCCAUGUCUCGAGAGAAACGUCAAGCUGAGCUCGAUUCCGUCAAUGCAGAACGUCGGUCCCAAGGUCUGCCCCCGCUCAAGCGACUCAAAUCCAAUGCUCUCGAACCCGAGCUCGCUAUGCAGCAGCGUCGUGCUCCACUCGGCUUGGAGAAGAAUGAAGGCAAAACGCUCAUGGUCGACCUGGCAGCUGAUGGGAAAGGGCAGACAGGACCAGGAUUUUACUGUCAAGUCUGUCGUAAGCUUCUCAAAGACAAUCUGGCAUACUUGGAUCACAUCAACGGGCGCGUACAUCUGAUGCGCAUCGGUCAGUCAACGCAGCAGGAUCGAGCCACGUUGGAAGAGGUCAAGGAGAUGUUGGAUGACUUGAGGAGAACGAGAUUGGGAAACAGUCAGCAGAGUCAAGCGUAUGAUUUCGACGAGCGGAUCAAAAAGAUCGCCCAGCUGGAACAAAAGGAGAGAGAAGCGAAGAGAGAGAAGAGAAGGCAACAGAGGCUGGCAAAGAAAUUAGGAACGCAGAAACUACAGAAGGUGGAAGCAAAUGUCACUGACACUCCAGCUGCGAACGCUUUGAAUGGAUCAGCAGGCCAGGAGGAUGGAGAUGCGAUCAUGGCUGCCAUGGGCUUCGGCGGCUUUGGCUCCACCAAGAAGCAAUGA